AUGUCAGGAACAUACGAUCCCAACUAUCAAACCCUUGCCGGAAUAGGAGCGCGAGAGCGUGGAGCGCGAGGGAGAGCGUUGGCUUGGUAUUGGUGCGAUGUAUUCGGAGCGGACAAGAAAGGUGGUGGAGGAGGUGGCGGAGGUGGCGGAGGAAAGCCUGUAGCACCUGCAAACCAGCAAGCGAAAGCGGGUACUUCGAUCCGAACUAUCAAACCUUGGCUGGAGUUGGUGGCGAUGUAUUUGGAGCGGACAACUAAGGCGGCCGGAGGUGGUGGUGGAGGGGGCGGAGGAAAGCCCAUAGCUCCUGCGAAUCAGGGCGCCAAAGCCGGAACAUUUGAUCCCAACUAUCAAACUUGGCUGGAAUCGGUGGCGAUGUAUUUGGUGCGCGCGCCGGCGAAUGGUAGCGGCCGGACGGGCGAAAAGGGAGGAGGUGGUGGCAAACCUGCAGCACCGAAGCCACCGGCAAACCUCGGCGCGAAAGCAGGCACGUUCGACCCGAACUAUCAAACUCUGGCCGGUAUUGGAGGCAACGAGGUGUUUGGUGCAGACAAGAAGCGAUGA